UGUGUGAAAAUGUGAUUAUGAUGAAUUAAAACCUUAAGGGAAGUGUCAUUUUAGUGUGUUUCAAUAUGUGUCGGACAGAAAUGUGUCGUUUUGGCGUUGGAAACUGGAUUUUCUUGCUCGUUUCUGUACAUUUGUUUACGUGCACCCAAGGUGGCGAGGAUGCAGCAGACGCCAUGUUCGCGCUAUCUGCAGAGCCCCCCGAUUUGGCACUGGCUGCGGGCGACAGCGCCACGCUGCCUUGCGGCGCACCCUCCCCGGCUCGCCUCUCGUGGCGGUACAGCGCCAGUGCGCCGCCUACAAGAGACCACGCACUUCCCAGAGCAGACACCUAUAGAAAGCAGCUAUCAAACGGGUCGCUACUUAUAGAGAACAUGUCGGCAGCGCUGGCCGGGCAGUACCAGUGUGUGGCAACCGUAGACGGUGUGGGCACUGUAGUAUCCAGGGUGGCUACCCUCUUCUUAGCAGAAGUACCAGAGCUAGGAGAGGCUCCGCGCGUCAUAAUGGGCGUGUUGGGGUCACCGGCGCUUCUUUCCUGUCCUAUUCGUCUGCCAGCGAGGUUGGCAGUGCGGGUGAUACCAUCACCUUCUUCUCCCCUGCAGCCCGAGAGACGGGUGUACGGCGCCGCAAGGAUACACGCACCUCCGCCGGUGUUGAAACUCAACGUGACAUGGCUCAAGAACGGCUCGCCGGUGCGAAUGGAGGCCGCGCGGUUGGCUCUGACGCCGGGUGGUGCGCUGGAAUUGGAUCCCCUGCGCGCACACGACGCGGCCGCCUACCGCUGCAGUGUGACAUUAGCGCACUCGCACCGAAAGCCCUCCUUGGGCCCCGAGACAGAGUUGCGCGUCAACAGCGACCUCGCAAACCUGGAGUCUGCGCCGCGGUUCAUCACCACGCCGCAGCCCGUCACCGUCAUGGAAGGUGCAUCCGUAACUUUCGACUGCGCCGCGCUGGGCAACCCGAAACCAGAGAUGGUGUGGCUCAACAACGGCGUGGCCAUCGACCUCAACGAUCUGGAUUCCCGUUUCUACCUGGUGGGUUCGGGAUCGCUUCGCGUUCAGGCGGCGCGCGCACUUGACGCCGGGACCUACACGUGCCGUGCCACCAACCGACUAGACUCCGCUGACCAUUCCACCCAGCUACAUGUGAUGACAUCUCCGCGCGUCACGCUCCGCGAGGGCCGCGUGGUGCGCGCGCGCACUCGUGGUGACGUCACGCUGCGCUGCGAGGCGCGCGGGCGGCCCGUACCAGCCGUCACGUGGCUGAAGAACGGAGAGCCGCUCACGCCCAAUGAGCAUGACAUCGCACUGGUAGACGGGUCGUCGCUGCGCAUCCGAGGAGUGUUAGCCGCAGACGCGGGCGUGUUUCAGUGCAGCGCCGCAUCCGCCGCCGGCAGCGCCACCGCCGCACUCCGUUUGCUUGUCUCCCCGCACGAUAUAAAGUCUCCAAAAACUCCUAAAAACUCUACCCAAGACAUUUUCAACUCCCUUAUAUCCGGCGUAGUAGACCAAACCCUAGACCCAACUCCAGAGGACCUAGACUUUUUAGGCGAAACCUCAUCUGCGUACACUUCGGAACCUUUAUACGACGAAUAUAGCACUUUAGAUAGCUAUAACGAUAGCUAUAACAGUGAUUACAAUGACUUUCAUGCUGCUCAAGAUUUGGAUUUGGAUCUCAAAAAGGCUAAUGCGACUAUAGUCUCUGCGCCGAAAGACUUACGAGCGGUGAUUGUGAAGCAUCGAUUCGUGACCUUGAGUUGGCAGGAACCGGAAAUAAAGCAAGAGGAGGUCACAGGAUACGCGAUAUUGUAUAAAGUGAAGGGGAGUGAAAGAGAGCGCAUGUCCCGCGGUGAAAGCACGCGGCACGAGAUGAACGUGGCGUCUUUGCAGCCCAACACCACCUACCACUUUAAAGCGGUGGCCAUCACUCAUCAUGCCAUUUCUCCGCCCACGCAGGUAGUGGAGGUCACGACUCCAGAGGAGGAGUUGACUUACGGGCCUCCGCAAAACGUGGUGGUGGAGGCCGCAGGCCCCCACGCAUUGCGGGUCUCGUGGAUAGCGCCCGAGCCCGCCCCUCCGGAGUCGUCGCCACCACCGCCUACCAGAUACGCCAUCUACUACACUGAGGUGGAGUCGGGUCGCGAGCAGUCCCAGUGGGCGGAAGGAUCUCCCAGCACUGUGGGCGGGCUGCGUGCGGCCACCGCCUAUCGCGUACGCGUGAGUGCGGCUGGCGGUGCGGCCUCACCCGACGUCGCAGCGCGCACGCCCGCAGACGCGCCCGCUGCGCCGCCAGCCAACGUAUCCGCCACGCCCACCAGCGACACGUCCAUCCUGGUCCGCUGGGAGGCUCCCCCGGCGCGCACUCAUCGCGGGCCGCUCACAGGGUACAAGGUGCGCUAUCGCGUGGUGGCGGGCACCACUCGCCGCCGCGCGGACUCACUGACCACGCCCGCAGACACGCGGCGCGCUGAGUUACGGGGUCUGGAGCCCGCGCAGACCUAUCAGAUAAGAGUAUGCGCCAUCAAUGCAAACGGCUCAGGUCCCUUCAGUGAGUGGGUUUCGGCCAGCACGCAGGGACGAAGCCGCGCCGAGGCCGCCGUGCCCGACCCGCCACCGCCGCUUACUACGCGCGCCGGCCGCGACUGGAUCUCGGUGUGGUGGGGGCAGGGGGACAGCGGCGGGGACGGCGGGGGGGCGCUGGUACGGGGCCACUGGCUCGGCUGGGGACUCGGCGUGCCGGACGAGCACUCGCGGGAGCUGCCCGCGCACGCACACUCGCACGUCAUACGGGGACUCGAAUCAAAUUCGGAAUACGUGAUAUCGCUCCGCGCCAGCAACGCGCUCGGGCUGGGCCCGGCCGUAUACGCUACGGUUCGGACCAAGCCCAGCGAACCGGAUGACGGCGAACCGGACGAGCCAGAUGAGCCGGACGCGGAUGAGGUGGACGAGCGCGACGACGAGGAUGACACGCCGCCGCUCAUACCGCCCGUGGGACUUAAGGUCAUAAUGCUCAGCGGCUCAACAGCUGUGGUGUACUGGACAGACCCCACUUUGGCCAAAGGCCAGACCGCCACCGACGGACGGCGCUACGAGGUGCGCUCUACUGGCGCAGGCCGUACUCGCGUGUAUAACGCCUCCGACCUCAACUGUAUGAUUGACGACCUGCGGCCCUUCACGAAGUACGAGUUUGCCGUCAAGCUCAUCAAAGGCGGGCGCGAGUCUGCGUGGUCCAUGCUCGCGAGCAACACGUCAUUGGAGGCGGCGCCGGGCGGACCGCCACGUGACCUCCGCGUGUCGCCCGCCGCACCACCCGCACGCGCCGCUGACCUGUCCUGGAGCCCGCCGCAGAGACCCAACGGCGUCAUCACCGGCUACGUGAUCAUGUACGCCGCGCAGCGCACGGGCUCGGCGGCUGGUGCGGCGGAGGAGUGGACGGCGUUGACCGUGGUGGGCGACCGUACGCGCACGCGCCUCGACCGCCUGCGCGCGCGUACCACUUACAGCUUCAAGAUACAAGCGCGCAACGGCAAGGGUCUGGGCCCCUUCAGCGCUACUGUUGCCUACACAACCGGAGUGGAAGGCGGGGAGGGCGGCGGUUUGGCGAGCGCGACCUCGGCAUGGCUGUGGGCCAGCGCAGGUGGUGCGUGCGCGGUACUAGCGCUAGCAGCGGCGCUGGCGCUGUCGCUUUGCUGCAGGAGGAACUCGCCGCCCAUGUCGCCGGACACCAGCACGUACCAGAAAGCGUCCGCGUCGGCCGCCAUCAAGCCGCCCGAUCUGUGGAUCCACCACGACCAGAUGGAGCUUAAGCACAUGGACAAGAGCCUUCAUAGCUCCGCCAGUAAGAUAUCGGCGGGCAGCGUGGAAGGGAGCGGCCUAGUGUCGUCGACGCUGACUCUGGCGCGCGCUCCGCCCCCAGCGCCCAUGUCACACGCGCCGCAGGCAGACUACGAGCCCGCCCGCCACGCACCACCCUCCUUAGCCAGCCUCGACCGCCGAUACGUGCCUACAUACGUAGAGUCACGCUCCCCCUCGGUGGCCGGCAGCGGCAGCGACGACACGUGCGUGCUGCGUGCGUCGCCCGCAUGCCGCCGCUGCGACUGUCGCUCUAUGACAGGCGUCGGCGUGGGCGUGGGGCUGGGCGUGGGCUGCACGGGCACGUGCGAGCGGCGGAGACACAUGCCCGACCAGAGCACGCCGCUGUUGGCAGGGGUAGCGCCGCUGGGAUCUCCGCAGUCUUCGCUGGCAUCCCUGCACCCGCCGCCCGCGCCCUGCGGGUCGGGGCUUUGUCCGCUGGGCGCGGCUUGCUCGGCGCCGGGUGCUCCGCCCACCAGCGUCGGCUCAGCGUCCGAUGUUUACGCCAGCGCAUCAAGCGCGCGCGAACGCGGCCACUACGUCGCCUACGAGCCGCUGGGCCACUACACUCACCGAGAGUCUUUAAGCGCCGAUGGGGAGCGCGUGUGCGGUCCAGGAGGGCUGCCGGGCGGCGUCUCGGCGGGGGGCUCUCUGUCUCGGCGAGGAGGGUGCGGCGGGGGUCUCCACAGCUUCGCGCUGCCUGACACUGCGUCCGACCACUCCACACCCUCACAUUCCAAGGCGGGGAGCGUGCGCGAGACAUCGCCCUAUAAGAAGAGUGCCAGCUCGUCGCCCGGCCACCUGCCCAAUCGUCUGCAGCUGGGCAGCGUGGUGUCGCACUGCUCGGAGGAACUAGAGCCGUUGACGCCGUCGCGUUCCACCGAGCGUCUGCACCGCGAGAUGCAGAACCUGGAGGGGUUGAUGAAGGAUCUGUCCGCCAUCACACAGAACCAGUUUCAUUGCUAGCACGC